AUGUAUCGUGGAAGAGGCUCAAGUUCAUCUCGGGGUUCAUGGCGUGGUGGUGGCUUGGGUGGUCUGAGCAGAGGCGGUCGCGGCUCAUCGUCUGAUAAUUGGCGAAAACGAAAUUCCGGUAAUGAUAGUACAGACCGCACUCCUCGAGCCGAUUUCAACGACCCUCCUCGAGGUCGCCUUAUCACGGAGAUAACUCUAGAUGGAACUUCGACUCACGACAUCCAAAUGCAGGAUGCGAGGAUCCGCGAAUGCAGAUAUAUAGCCUCAUACUCCCUGGUAGAUUCGCAGCGGUCCGAAAUCAUCAUUCCAGGACAACCGGCAACUUGGAAGCCGCCCCAGUUGCCCGCUCAACUCCCGGGUGAUCAUGGUGACUAUCUUCGAGAUCAGAAUGGAGCUCGGUUUCCCGAUCGUCCUAUGCAACCGUCUGUUCAGUCUCUUUUUGCUUUGAAUAAGGAAUUUGACCCAUCCAAUGUUGAUGUAAUGGGUUGUGCUAGCUCAUUGGGAGACAUUCUUCGCUUUGUACGGUCAGUUGAGGCAUCGUUCAGAUUUGACGUUGAAAUAAUUGGAAACACAUUGUUUCUUGCCCGCAACUGUCGGGACGAGGUCAUCCCUGACGUUCGUGGAUUUGGCCAUUCAUUUCUUGAUAACUUCACUUCUUACCAAUUUGGAACAGAGGAAACUAAGUCUCACCAACGGAUCGUAUCCUAUACCUUCGGCGGACUAAGAUGUCUUGUUCGUUUUGAGUGUGACGGUCAUUUUGACACUGCCGCUAAGUCAAUCGAACCGGAUAUCUCGGACCUUUCACAAACAAAAUUGUCCGAUCCAAUUCCUUCUAAGCCCGCUGGGAUAGCCAUACCUCAAGAUUCAAUUCUCGAAAUCAAGACAAGAUCACAAGCCGGUGCCCCCAUUGAUAUGAGCGAACACCUUCCCAGGUUGUGGCUUCGACAAAUCCCCAAUCUCAUUGCCGCGUACCAUACGCGAGGCAAUUUCGAAGAUGUCCAAGAGAAGCACGUGGCAGAAGACUUAGUCAACUGGGAAAUCAAACACUGCCGCGAACUCCGCAAAUUCGCCGCAGUCCUGCACCAACUAAUCGUCGAAGUCAAACGGUCAAGUCAUCUAAAACUAGAGCUCUGCCGAACCGGCUCUGGGCCACUAGAAUUGAGAGAACAAGGCGGGAAGGCUCGGGAAGUACUCCCCGCUGAUUGGAAAUACUUGUGGGCCAGGCAGCAUCCGGGGUGGAAGACCACCGGUGGCCGUUUGAUUGAUGAAGACGAUGACGACGAUGAUGAUAGUUAUCCUAGAGUCACACCCCGCAAGGAUGAGGACAGCGAAUCAGAAGACUCUGAUGAUAACUUCUCGUUGGAUUACACGGCCUGCGAUGCGCUGUGCGGGUACUGUGGUCAUUGUGCCUAA